CUUCAUCGAUGCAAGAGUAGACAGUGAUGGCCCGAAAUCUAGGCUGUAAGAAUCUGAGAGCAAUGGAACGUGCCUUGAAGCACUUGAGACCACCACGGGUACUCAUAUAGCUCGUUGAGCAUGCGACACAAUUCAGAGCUUGAGAAGUCGUGUUUAUGGCACAGAAAAUAACGGUAGUGUCGAUGAUGUGCAAAAGGGAAAGAAAGAAACAAGUUAUUGUCAACAGUCUGGAGACAGGAAGGAGUGGCAGAAUCACAAGUUGCAACGGCGGUGCCGCCCAUUUCAAUUGCACUAUCUUCCUCUUGCUUCCCACUGCUUUGACUUCACCCAUGUCUUAUGUUGUUCUGGCACUCUUCUACCACCUCAAAUGUUCCUGAGUUAUUGAGUGACCUUCGAAUGUCAUACCAAGAUGCCUUCACGCAAAGUGGCAAGCACUGACCGAAGAAACCCAUGCACUCAUACCAGAAUGACUCGUCUCUAUGACCCAUACGGAUCGUUCAGGUGCUCCAUGUGCCACAAGCACCCCGACAUCGGCUGGCUUUAUCGUUGCACUCAGGACUCCGGCGGGUUCCUGCCAGAAUCUGACUUCACUGGCGAAUCAUCACAUAUGAAGAGAAGGGAUGCUAUGGACGUGGCAGCAAUCUCGCUCAGCAACUCGAUCAUCGAAGCAAUCGGACAGGGUCAGUACACAAAUGAGCAGAUCAAGUCGUUGUUGGAACAGAAAGAAAGGGUCAGAAUCCUCGCACUGGGACAAGACAACAGGCCAACGACUUCCUCCACCUGCACUACAGAUACGACCGCAUCUUCCUUUGUCACAGACGCGACCUUUUCAACUCUACCUCAAAGCACAACCUUUUCCACAACCUCCUCCAUCUCUCUUGACGAAGAAAUUCGAGCAGCAUACGACUGGAAAGAGUUGCAAAAGGUCUGGAUGUCAGCGCCAUCACUUCCUCCGCCACAGCAUCUAUCGAAUCAAGGCACUCGCGCCGAACACACUUGGGAUGAGGAUACUCAUCGCCAACAGGCUUGCAAUUUCAUGGUGUGCCCUACUUGUCGACCAACAUACCGUGAACGUGCCUACCUGUCUUUGGAUGCUGUCCUCCACAGUCCAGUUCAAUUUCCACCACCCUGGGAGCUUGAAAACCGCCCAAUCUCCGAUGCUCGGAUCCUGGCUAGAAUUCGUACGCCCCAGAUGGACAGAUUCUACGCUCAGCAAAGACGCUCGGCGAUUCAGUCACUGCACAGUGUACCUGGCGUCAGGCUGGAGGAUGAAGUCGACCUUGAGGGACUUCAGAACUGCAACAUGAUGAACGACACAGAUAACUUGGAAGACCUCCAGCUUGAAGCUGAUGCUCAUUCGGUACGUCCGCGUAAUGGUUUCCGAGAGACAGUGAGAAAGGCUCUGGCAAGAGCUCGGGUCGAUGACACUGCGCCGAGAAACGCAGGCCGUGCUACCGACACUUCACGUCUGGACUCGCCAGAUCAAUCUGGGUCCUUAAUCUUCAGACGCCGACGCUCACAUUCUACCUCAUCCUUUGUUCAGAGACAUGGCCUUGUUGUCGAUACCAGUAUCCUCCAAGACUCAGUCACGCUGAUGCUGGCUAGGAACACUCCGCUGCCACACACACCAGUUGUAGGUAGCCAUCAGUCGAAUCGGAUGCAGAGCCCAGGAAUCAGACACACCCUUGAGCGGCCGAAUCCUAAUCCAACAGACAUGAUUAUGCAGGCAUGA